CUGAAAAGCAGUGCUAUUCCAAGAAGUUCCAGUUAUCGACCACUGAAAAGCAGUGCUAUUCCAAGAAGUUCCAGCUAUCGACCACUGAAAAGCAGUGCUAUUCCAAGAAGUUCCAGUUAUAAACAUCUGACAACCAGUGCUCUUCCAAGAAGUUCCAGUUUUCGACAUCUGCCAACCAUUGCUGUUCCAAAAAGUUCUAGUUUUCAACCAAGGACGACCGUGAUUGCUCCAACAUCAACCAGACGAGAGUAUAGUACUGCUAGCUCUUUGACUAUACCUGUUGCCCCUAUUACAAGCCUUGGUGCAGGCCAUGUAAAUUGUUCAGCCGAUCUUAACAUCGACAUCCUAGUGCCUUCUUCAAUUAUCACAAAAGAAAAUCUCAAUAUUGGUGAACCUCUCCAUGUUGAGGGCAACAGGGACUGUAAGAUUGACUACAAUGGAGGUCUUGGAAUUUUCGCUGGAGAAAUGUCCCUUUCAAAAUGCUUCACUCUGACGGAAAAUCAAGAUAGCAUAAUGUAUGAAGCAAAAAUCAUUGGAGGUAAUGCGCCAGCUAAGAAUGGAGUCAUCAUCAGAAAGAGUCAGUUUGCUUUGGCUGUUAUGUGUAAAUAUGACAGAUUGGCUGAACUUGAACCAGCUAAAUUUGUUGCUACUAGAGGGAGAGUCUCCUACAAAGAUGAGGAAAUGGGAGAGUUUACAUUUACUCUGAAACUCUAUGACAGUCCAAACACCACAGAGGUUCUCUCUCCUGAAAAAGAGGUUGCCACAACUGAGAGAGUAUAUGCUGAUGUGCGAAUGACAGAUGCUGACAAUUCUGGUUUGAAAAUGGGAGUCCAGAAUUGUUUUGCGUCUCCUAGCAGUGACAGAAAGAAUGCUAUCAACACAUACUCCCUUAUCGAGAAAAGAUGUUUCAAAGAUGACACUGUGUUCACUGUACGAUCAUCUGGAACUCAAUACAAAUUUGGAUUCCUGGCCUUUCAGUUCACUGGAGAUAUCAAGCGUAUCUACCUCCAUUGUCAGGCUGCCGUUUGUAAAGUUGGUGACAGAACUGGAGCAUGUGACCAACCAAAUAAGAAAUGCGGUUUAGCACAAGCCGGUAGUUUAGCACAGACCAGUCGUUUAGCAGAGGCCAGUCGUUUAGCAGAGGCCAGGCGUUUAGCAGAGGCCAAUCGUUUGGAAGAGGCCAGGCGUAAAGCAAAGGCAACUAUUCACCCUGUGCGAAAGGUGUACAAAUUCCCACCAGGAGUUCCAGUUCCAGCCGAGUUCCGACAUGGUGUGCCGCGAUCUGAAAGAAGUGUAUAUGAGGCAGGGACAGAACAGUUAGUUCCACAAGACAGAAUGGUUAGGAGCAUCCCUAUUUCAAGUGAUGCUAUCACCCUGGAACAACCUGAAAAGUCAUUCUCUGUCAGAGAGGCAUUUGGUAAGACGUCAUGGCCUGUUGCACUGCUGUGUAUGGUAGCCCUGGCUUUGAACAUCACCCUUGUUGUGGCUUUAGUUGUGCGUAGGAUCCGAAAGAGACAGCCUUCUCACUAUCACAGUGUACCAGAUAAUGCCUUCUAAACCGUACAUGAAUUUGACUGAAUGGGGUGUAUACAGAAUACUACAUCCAAUACACUGUAAUAUAACAUCUCAACAUGGAAACAACUUACAGCUGAGAGACCAGUAAGAACUGCUCUAUUUGGAAACGGACUUGAGAACUUAAUGUAUCUUAUUACUUCGACUUCUAAAAUUUUUCUUAAAAUAUCACUCUGUCAAACGAGUUUAACUUCUCUUCACUUGAUGAAUAUUUUGUUAAAUUUUCAUAGUCAUAAUUUCACCAAUACUAUUUUAAUGAGCACCAACCAGCAAUACACACCAUCAAAAGUCUUUGAUGAUAUAAAGCUGAUUUUCUGAAAACACCAAAGUUUGAACAAAUGUGCGCACGCACAUGACUGGAAAUAACAAGGGCGCGUGCGCCUUUAAAGUUUCAAUAGGCAAUUUUAACAAAAUCUAUUGAUGGUGUUAUUAACAGGUUAUUCUGAAUUUAGAAG